AUGAAAAAUUCUUGGUUUUCACCUCCAACAGAUCAAAAAUUAACAGUUAAUGAGCUUAAGCGGAAACUUGAACCAUACAUAGUUGAAGGAGAAAGUCAUCUUCGUGAAUCAUUAUGUGGUUCUUCAGCUCUUCCUGAUGAUGUUUUAGAUAUUUCGAUUUAUGCCGAACCAAAGAAACAAAUUACAUUCCCUAUCGCUGUAGGGACAGCAGGGAAGGGAAAAACUACAUUUGCAAGAAAGGCAUAUGAUAAAAGAAAGAUUUAUGCUGAUGGCAUAUCGGAUGAACUUAAAAUGAUUUUAGAUGAUUGCUUGGAUGUUGAAGUUGUUGAGACAUUAUUUGGGAAAAGUUUGCUUUAUGAAGCUUUAAAAUAUCAUCUGAAAGGGAUUCAAAAUUUCAAUGAAUUUACGAAACCAAUGUACUUUUUGAGGGAGGCCAAUCCAAGAACGCAUGCAAGCUCUUUAUUUGAUUCAAUUACAUCUUCUGGUGCCUGUAUUGAAGAAAUAUCACUGCCAUUACUUAGUUCAGAACGUGCACAAGAAGUGAUCUUAGAUUUAGCAAAUCGGGAUUUGGAAAUAGGUGAGUUGAUUUUCCUGAAAAAAGAUAAGCUUGUACUCCCAUUUCUCACUUUACAGCAAGUUUAUCAUCAUUUUGAUCACAGCAAGUUGCCAGCUAUUAAACUUCUUCAUGAUAAAAAAAUUAUUGAAGGUCAAAGAGGAAAUUGUUGGCUUUCUGAUUUGGUUCCAUUGUGGAAAGGACAGUCAGAUAAAUUUAUUGAGUUUGAACCCAAAUUUGUUGUGCAUUCAACUCCUUAUAGAAUUGAAAAAGACUACUGGAAUCAAUUUUUUAAUAAUUAUUCAAAAGAAUUAAAUAAGAAAUAUAAACAAGAAGUUGUCAGUAUAAAGAAAGAAAUUAUUGGACAUUUACCAAAUAUUCUAGUUGUGAUAACUUCAGAAAAUAUAAGUGAUUUUUAUGAAGAUAUUUUAGCAAGAAUGAAACUGUAUUCUAUUGGACGAAGUUAA